AUGGGACUAGGGGGAGGGAGCAGCGACGCAGCCGCCGCUCUUCGGGCUCUCAACGAGCUAUGGGAGACCAACUCGACGGACCAAGAGCUGGCCGAAAUCGCUGCGGGCAUUGGUUCGGACGUGUCGUUCUUCCUGUGGGGCGGCACCGCCCUGGCGGAAGGCCGAGGCGAAAUCGUAUCUCCCAUGCCGCAGUUGCCGCCCUUCAACCUGACGCUGGUUUUUCCCGACCUGGUCAUCAGCGACAAGACGCGGCGGAUGUACUCUCGGCUGACCCCAGCGUACUACAGCGACGGAGGCAUAACCCGCCGCCUGGUCCUGCUGCUUUCCGGCGGCGGAUUCUUCGUUGAAUCCAUCCGGGACUGCGUUUUCAACGUAUUUCAGGACGUCGCGGAGUGGGAGUUCCCGAUGCUGGCGGAGAUGCGCCGAGCCGUCCGAGAGAAUGGAGGGCCGGAGCUGUACCUGUGCGGGGCGGGCCCGGCCAUGUUUGCAAUCCCCUCCAGCGAAUCGGAACAUCGUAGCGCCGCAGAUGCCUUGCAGCCCAUGGGAGCAGGGGUAUACCUUGUACCGACAAUUGGCUGA